AUGGCUAUUGCGAUGGGAUCGGUCGGAUCGUCUGCGGCGGCGAGCAUCGGUCAGGGUUUUGCCAAGGGUGGAAAGGGGCGGAAGAUGGGCGGUGGAAGUGCAAGCCGUGUCGUCUGCUCCGCCGCGUCUCCGGCAGCUUCUUACUACACGAGCGGCCUGACGGAACAGUACCAGACGCUGAGAGUCCAGCCCGGUGCGUCUGAGAAGGAGGUGAAGAAGGCCUUCAGGCAAUUGGCCCUGCAGGUAACUUUCCCUUUCCCUUUUUUCUCGAUCCUCUUUUUCGCCCCCUUUUUCCUUCUGUUACUGUCCCAUUAGCAGCGAAUGGAGAGGGGAAAGAAAUAUGGAUUUCGGCCGUCUCUGUUGGAUCCCAAAAAUUAAUCCACCUUUCUAUAAUUCUUCUGCAGUAUCAUCCAGAUGUCUGCAAGGGAAGCAACUGCGGCAUUCAAUUCCACCGCAUCAACGAAGCCUACGACGUAAGCGUCUCUCUCUCUCUCUACCGGCCACUAAUCUUUUCAGUCGUUGGCCAUCUCCACUCUUUUUUCGUUGAUUACAAUUCUUCCCGUACCGAUCGAGGCUGCGCGUCUUUCCUCUGCAGAUCGUGAUGAGCAGUCUGAGGGAGCCGGAAGAAGAACCGCAGUGGUGCGAAGAUGCGCAGGUGGACGACGAGAUGAGGGGGAUGUACGACCCGAGCUGGGACCUCUGGGAGGAGUGGAUGGGCUGGGAAGGAGCCUGCACGCGGGACUACUCUUCUCACAUCAACCCCUACAUCUGA